CUAGUCCAGACCAGCAGCUACACAGUCAGAUACCUUUCGGUGGGGAGAGGAACUGGGUCACAGCAACAACUCUGUGUCAACUGUAACACAUCACCCAGAACAGCGACUCCUCCUCAGGCACCCAGACCAGUUAUCUCCCCCUGGAUCGGAGUCAAACUAACUGUCCUGUUGGGUUGUGUUCCGCCCAGAGUCUUCUGCCCAGUCCUAGCGGAGUUCGUUCAGUUUUCAGUGGGGACAGUCCAGCCUUCCAAGCUGGACGGAGGAGAGACGAGCGGGGCCGAUGGCCCGGCGUUUGUGCUGCGACACAGAACUUCCACUUUGCCAGAAAACCCCACAGACUGCACACCUACUGAUCCCAUGAGUCCACGGGAGAAAGAAGACACCCCCACCUCAGGUUCCUCAACCAGCCACCUCAGCCGCGCAGAGUGCCCCUCACACAACGGGAGCGUUCCGGAAUCCGACGAAGAGAGAAGAAGAAAUGAAGAAGACAACAGAGGAAGAGACGGAGAGGAGAAGGAGCAUGAAGAGGAAGAGAGAGGCAGUGAUGAAGGCUUUAUGGGAAUGACUCCACUGCUACAAGCCCACCAUGCCAUGGAGAGAAUGGAGGAGUUUGUACACAAGGUGUGGGAAGGUCGGUGGCGUGUCAUACCUCACGACGUGCUGCCGGACUGGCUGAAAGAUAACGACUUCCUGCUCCACGGUCACAGGCCACCAAUGCCUUCAUUUCGCGCCUGCUUCAAGAGCAUCUUUAGAAUCCACACAGAGACGGGGAACAUCUGGACACACCUGCUAGGCUGUUUGUUUUUCCUCUGUCUGGGCCUCAUGUACAUGUUCAGGCCCAACAUGUCUUUCGUGGCUCCGCUCCAGGAGAAGGUGGUUAUCGGGAUGUUUUUCCUGGGAGCCAUCCUCUGCCUCUCUUUCUCUUGGCUCUUCCACACAGUCUACUGCCACUCGGAGGGCGUGUCCAGAGUAUUUUCCAAGUUGGACUACAGUGGGAUUGCCUUUCUCAUCAUGGGCUCCUUUGUCCCCUGGUUGUACUACUCUUUCUACUGCUCCCCCCAGCCCUGCUUCAUCUACCUUAUAGUGGUGUGUGUCCUGGGACUGGCUGCCAUCACUGUCUCCCAGUGCGACUUCUUUGCCACUCCACAGUACAGAGGAGUCAGAGCAGGUGUGUUCGUGGGUCUGGGACUGAGCGGCGUCGUUCCCACCCUGCACUUUGUUAUCAGCGAGGGUCUGAUCAGAGCAACCACCAUUGGUCAGAUGGGCUGGCUGUUCCUCAUGGCGACGCUCUACAUCACUGGUGCCUGUUUGUACGCCGCUCGCAUCCCUGAGAGGUUCUUCCCUGGAAAGUGUGACAUCUGGUUCCACUCCCACCAGCUGUUCCACAUCUUGGUGGUCGCGGGGGCUUUCGUUCACUUUCACGGGGUCUCCAACCUGCAGGAGUUUCGCUACACGGCGGGAGGCGGCUGCGCCGAAGACGGCACUCUUUAACGAACACACACGCCCCCUCACUCACGUUUUGCAGGGAGGCGCUGGCUGAAAGCAUAUGCACAGAAUCACUCGGCUGCUCAGACAGAAAUGCACACAAGCUCUCACCUGACAACCGAAGAGCGAAGCAGCGCGCCCUGCGCUGUCCGUGUGCGAACAGGGGACGACCCCCAGGGGUCACUAUUAAAACUGAGUGUCUCUCUGUCAGUCUGUCCAUCCACACCUUUAUUGGUUUUGUUGCUUGGGGCCGUAAAAGAAUUUCUGAAGCAGCGUGUUUUCUAAACCAGUUUUUGAGACUCUACUUUUGUCUAAGAGGGGACGGGAAUUUUAGAUCUCUCCUCCAGUAAAUCCACGCUUUACAUCGUGAAUUAAUGACCCGAUUUCAAAUGGAAGCAUAAUUGUGCUUUAAAAGAAACAACUUUUUGGAGUGGUCGUCUUUUUUUUCUUUUUCUGAAUGGUGUUUUCCAAUUAGUUUUCAGAUGUGAAAAAACAAAAAGUUGAGUGGAAAAUGUCUUUAGAGUUCUUCCUUUAUCGUGAUGGUUUGCCGGGGGAAACGUGGGGAAGUGGGGAGUGCAUAAUAGUCACUUUUAAAAGUAUAAAAAAACACUUUUUCAUGUAUAUAAGAUUUCUAAAUUUUGGGUUAUAGAUUUGUAUUAAAUGGAUUUUAAAAUAAAAACCCCAAAAAUAUGACAAAUAAAAUAAAGAAUAAAAAUAAAUAAAGAGAUAAGAGUAUCUGUAAUGGUAGAGAACCGAGUUCUGUGCAUUUUGCGAAGCGCCUCUUUACUGUCUGUUAAAGGUGGAGCUUAGGUGGAGAAUACAGGGCACAAUACCUGAAUCUUAUCCAGCAGCCACUUUAAAAUUAGCUUAUAUUUUACCCCAAAUGUUAGCUGGAUGUCGCCAUGGAGAUUAAGGUCCCCCCUUUUGUCUAAUAACAAUAAAAUAUUCUAAAGAGAGACAACACAGUUACUGAUCUGGCCUCACUUGUUUUGUCGGUGUGCAGAUCCUAAGUAAGACCUAACUAAACCAAAAACCUAAAUUUGACAAAAAAAGAAAGACUAUUCUUAAAAUGUAGCGAUUUUUCAUUGUCCUCUUACUGUAAAUGUUCUGUAUCUUGAUAAAGCUUAUUUCUAUUCCACAAGUAUACGUUUAUUUUUUCUAAGACACCCUGAAAUGAUUUAUUAAAACAUCUAGCAUAGCUAAGAUAUUUUUUUAUGAACAAGGCCCCAUCAUAUCAGUUAUUUCUUUGUAAUUUUGGUAAAACUGUAUUGUUAAUUUGAUACAGUUGCAGUUCAUUUGAAGCCUGUAUGACUCUUAUUAAGACUUACCUCCACACAAGACAAGGAUCAUCAGUCUAAAAUUAUUAUGUUUUUCUUUUUGAUUGAUUUGUGUUAUUAUUUAUCGAUUGCUCAUAUACACUGCAAGCUUUAUUUUUUUCUAUUGGGUUGUUACAAAGAUUUAAUCAGGUGAGCAGGGUGAAGGCAGAAGAUUUCUUUUUCGUCACAAACACAAAAAAGACAUGUUUCUUCAAAUAUCUGAUGGUGUCCUUUUUAAAAACUUCUUCAAGGGCUCAUGAACAGUCUCAAAAAUUGAGACUUCACUUGUAGAUCAAUACAAACUGAACACUUUUUUAAGUUGAUUUUUUUCUGGCAAUACCAAAAGCUGACACCUGCACAGUGAGAACACUUAAGUAUGUCAUAAUCUGAGCUCGUCAUGAUUCGAUUUGCUCGAUGAUUGUUUUGAAGUUUGGUUGGCAAGGUAAUUUAUCUGCAUCUUUUAUUUGCAUUAUGCAUUUCUUAGAAAUAAAAAUAUAUUAUUUUCUUUGAUCUUUCUUUUUCCUCAUUUUAUUUCUAUUUGAUCUAGUCUCUUUUAAUUUAUUUCUCUUUCAGAGUGCAUAGUGUUUUGGAGCACACAGUUCAUUCUGUUGGGAGUGUUUGAUUGCAAUAGACCUUUAUAUCUGCUGUAUUGUUCUAAUAAAAUGUUUUUUUGACUUGGUGUCAGGUCUUACUUCUGGUAAUGCACAAACCAAAAGGAUUAGGCAUUAUGAAACAAAAAUACUUGUAAUUUCUUUGUCAUUUCUAAGUUAUUUUUGAAUGAAAAAAAAAUAAACAUUUUUUUUUCCAGAAGUGAAAACCUUACUGAAG